GCUUCUCUUGCAUUUAUUGAUUUACGCCCGAGACUGAUAGGCGGAACUUGGCUACAAUCUAACAAAGUUGUAAAGCUGUUUCAUAGAGGUAUUACUCUUCCGCCUGAAGUAUGGAUGGAUCCAGACACUGACCUGCAACUCUGACACGGCCACUUGUAUUGGCAGUUGACUCGGCUUCACUUAACAAAAUAGAAAAUAUGGCUAUGAAGACCUAGAUAACAUCUCAAUACUGCGUAUUGAGAAAUGAGAAACAGUAUAUAACAGCUCGACGUUCCCAGCUGAACUUGUUUCCUUUGCCCUCGUCCAAAUCAUUCAGACCAGAUCAACUUCCUAGGCAGCUUGAGCUUCUCAUCCCAAGACUAGCUUAUACUAUCAAGUAUGGACGACAAAGGUGCUACACUCGACAUGUCUCUGUUCUUUGGAACAGAGGAGCAGAAAAGACAAUUUUGCAACGAGCUACUUCGGUUGCUCAAGUCGCGAGGCGGCGUCAAGAUUCAAAAUCACAGUAUACCAGCACGGGACAUCCACCAAUUAUUCGAUAUGAGUCGAAAAUUCUUUGCUUUGCCGCUGGAGGAAAAGAUGAAAGCCAAGCACCCGCCUCAAGCCAAUCCAAACAGAGGAUAUAGCUUUGUUGGUCAAGAAAAUGUUGCAAAUAUCAGUGGUUACGAGAAGGGACUAGGGCCUGGUAAGACUCGCGAUAUAAAGGAAACUCUGGACAUGGGCAGUUCGCACGACGAUCUUGUAGACAGUCUCUGGGUACCUGAAGAGAGCCUUCCUGGAUUCCGGAAGUUCAUGGAAUCCUUCUAUGAGAAAGCUUACAAAACUGAACUGCAUCUCCUAUCCGCUCUUGCGAUUGCUCUCGGUGUUUCGGAAGACUACCUCAGGGCACUUCAUAAUCGUGCGGAGAACGAGUUUCGCCUUCUUCAUUAUCCGGCGAUUCCGGCCAUGGAGCUUGCGGACGGGACAGCGACGCGCAUUGCCGAGCACACCGAUUUUGGAACGAUCACCAUGCUUUUUCAAGAUUCCGUGGGAGGUCUUCAAGUGGAGGACCAGAACGAGCCUGGAGUAUUUCGAAGUGUGGAGUCCUUGGCACCCACGGAUAUCAUCCUCAACAUUGGCGACUCUCUUCAACGCCUGACCAAUGACACAUUCCGUGCUGCUUGCCAUCGUGUCACGUAUCCUCCAGCAAUCAAAGCUGGCGACAAUGUUGAGAUUCCCGAGCGGUACUCCAUUGCGUACUUCGUCAAGCCGAAUCGCCAUGCAUCUCUGCUUCCCAUGAAGGAGUUCGUCACCGAAACUACCCCAUGCCACUAUGACGAUGUUACUUCAUGGGAGUGGAACAACCGGAGGAUUGCGAAGCUAUUUGGUUAGCUGCAUGCAUUCACAGCGAGGAUUGUUUGGACGACUAUCGGCUCUGCUUGGGAAACAGAGCAAAGCUGCCGAAGGUUUAAGGAUACGGCCCUCUUGGGUGUGUGGAGCUGGGUUGACGUAGCCAAUCCAGCGAUAGCUUCCGGGGUCACUUUCCAGUUUGGCCUAGACCCCACGGAAGGGUCACAAACAGUCUGACCUAUGUCCUGUUACUCUAUAUGUACUGUAUCGUCAAGACUGUUUGAAAUCUCAAAUGAAAACUAG